AUGUAUCGCGGCCAGGCAGCGAGACUCGAGACCCUCGCCUUCCGGGUUGCUUCCCCUACCAGCUCGUGGCCGCUUCUAUGCGCAGCAGGCGCCAAGCCAGGACCCGCAGUCAUCGACUGGUGGAGUCGUCGAGCGAGGUCAGUGGAGUGUGUUACACCAGCCAAUCCAGUUCCGUGUUUUAAGAUUUAUACGAGAGAGAGAGAGAGAGAGAGAGAGAGAGAGAGAGAGAUGGGAAGCGAGGAGGAAACGGUGGAAAGUAGGGAAUGGGUGUUGUCCUCAUACAUUCCUCAGGGCGUGCCAACUUCCGACCAUCUCAAGAUCCGGACGGUGAGGAUAGACGUUGGUGUUGACUCCAUUCCGGACAGCCAUGUGGCCGUGCAGAUCUUAUUUAUAUCCGUUGAUCCAUAUCUCCGGGCCAUGAUGACUGGCCAAGAAGACGGGCUUUACCUCAACCAGUUCCAGCUUAACCAGGCUUUACGUACAUUUGGUGUUGGGAGAAUUAUUAGCUCCAAGGAUGCAAAUUACAAGAAUGGGGACUUGGUUUCCAAUCCUUUCUUCCCUGUUGCCAACUAUUGUGUGAUUGGAUCGGUUUUUCUUCACAAAAUUGAUAUCAAGGAUGGCAUUUCUUUGCUUGAUUAUCUAAGUGUCCUCGGAGUUCCUGGAUUUACAGCUUGGGUGGGAAUGCAAGUGGUCGGAGAUCCAAAACCGGAAGAGAAUGUUUUUAUUUCAGCAGCAGCUGGAGCAGUUGGAAUGUUUGCUAGCCAAUUGGCGAAACUCAAAGGCUGCAGAGUUGUUGGAAGCACUGGAACAGAUGAAAAGGUAAAGCUUCUUAAGGAUGAGUUUGGGUAUGAUGAUGCUUUCAAUUACAAAAAGGAGACUGAUUUUGAUGCUGCGUUGAAGAAGUAAGUUACCCUUCAAUCAUCUAACCCUAUUUUACAAAAGAACCAAGGUUAAAUGUUGGUUGUGGCCCCUGUAGCAGGCCAAACGUGUUACUCCCAGUAGGUUGGCCCCACUUUAUUAGGGCAUGUUUGAUUUUGUAAUUACAUAGGUAAUUCAAGGUAAAUGGGUAAUAAUUAUUUACCUUUGUAUUUUUGGUUGGAUUUCCAAGGCGAUGUUCACUGCCACUUUCAUUUA